AAUUUAAGUUCAAAGUGAUGACACUAUUCGGCCAGCGACGUAACAGUGUCAUGGUGCAAAAAAAGUGAAAAUACAAAUUUAUCGUCUAAUAAGUUUUCAAUGAUAAAAUUUGUCGCUACCGUAAAUUUAAAAGAUAUUACAAAAGCCCUGAUAUUGAAGUCGAGUCUUGGGGAAUAUACGCGAAGAUGCUGAAGUUUGAAAAAAAAGUAAAAAUGUUUAGGUUUAACUAUCCAAUUUCAACUGUUGUAACUGUGGAGUAUACCCACUAUUUAGCACAAUAUAAAUGUAGCAUACCCCGAAUGUGGCGAAACAUGUUAUUGUUAUUGUUUGCGGAGAAAGUUCAACUUCGAAUCCCCGAUAAAAACAUAGCUUCUGACAUGGAGCUUUGUUAUGUUAUGCGGUUUAAUUAAGGCGUAAAAAUAGUAAAGUAGUUUAAUAAAGUUAUUUUAAGACGCAAGAAUGCAGCAGUUUCAACUGAUAAAAGAAUGUGUUUUACUUUGCAUAGUCUUGCCCUACUUGGGUUAUGAUUUAAAAGUGUCCGACUUUGGGCAGCCGCCCUACUUUGGGUGGAACAUAUCAACGCUGGCGAUAGUCUAGUGAUAUGAGAAGUUCUUUACUGAUUUUCUGAAUCCCAAGUCAAACUGUAAACAAAAAAAUCUCUGUCUGUCUGGGCAUUGCUGAGUGUUUUCUACACUUUUGCAGAAUUUUCUGUAAAGGAAGUAGCAAAAUAAGUUAUCGCUCAUCUUCCAGUGUGCCUGUGUGUUACAAGCUUAUUUUCAGAUCUGUAUGCAAAAAUUAGAACAAAAAUAUAACCGCAUGGUAUAUAUAAAACCGCUUUGUAUAUAAAUCCUGGCCCACUACUAAGUUAGCAAAAUUAUCAUCGGGGAGUUUAUGUCACAAGUCCUCCUGUGAAGGAAUUUAUUUACAUUCAGGAAACAAGACGUCAACUGAGACAAAGCUUUGUUAUGCCCCACUUUGUUGUAAUAAUUGCCCCACUUUGUAAUAUCUGCCCCACUUUUGUAAUAACUUCUGCCCCACUUUGUAUUUUCAGAGCUGCCCCAGUUUGUUAUACGCCAUUUCAGAAUUAGCGCAGCCAUAUUUAAUUUUUCCGCAAGUGGAGCAAGUUAGACUUUGACCUCCCGUUCUCAGUAGCGAAGCCUAUAGACAAUGCUAAAAUAAAAAGGCUCUUUUAAGAGAUUUAGCUACAGUAUCUUGAGAUAGUUUUCCUUAUUUUUUAUAUAGCUAUCAGCAUUGUAUUUUAAGCCUCUUAAACCUUGUUUUUCAGCAAAAUCAUAUAAUGUUCCAAAACAUUCCAAAUCCAAGGUGUACUAAAAUUUCGCGAAAUAAAACAAGACAAGAGGUCAGGGGAUUAGGAUUUAAUACUGGUACCCAAAUGUAAACAAAAACGUGCCAAGAUAAGCGAUAAAUCUCCUAAAUCUCUCUUCUUUUUGGUACUUUUUGUAUGCUUUGUUACCGAAGAACGCAGGGUUCAAAGUCCAACUUGCACCACUUGCGGCAAAAUUAAAUAUGGCUGCGCUAACUCUGUUAAUGCGUAUACAUGUGAUAAAGUAUAUAAAAAUAUUAUAGCUAGCAGCAGUUGGAUUUUUUUAAAGAAAAAACAACAACAAAAAAACAAGAACAGAUAAAAGUCUUGGUUUUUUUGCAUUUGUAUUUUUUGAAAGUUUAUAGCGUAUAUAUUAUGCAAUAAAUUGCAUCAAAUACACUUGUUCUUUUUGACUAGGGUGGAUAGGAUAAGCUUUUGGGCAUCAACAUAUAUUCACUUUAACCAUAGUCACAAGAAAAGAGAUUUUCCCGUAUCGAGGUUGUGUUCCGGGAUUUUCUCGUACCCAGUCUAUUUUAGCUGUAAAAUUCAACAUUCGUUUGUUGACAUUACAUCAUUACUGUACUUAUACUUUAAACGUUGAGAUUGAAUGCAAUGUUAUGCCUGGGGCAAAUUGUUCUGUAUAUGGCUGCUCGAGUUCCAGACUUAUCACGAAAGAUAGAGUGGGGGACAAUCUUUUAAAGAGGCAAAUUGAAAAUUGCACCCUUAAUAUUUGUGAAAAACAUUUUUCUGAGAAACAAAUAGUUCAAAAUGAAAAGAGGAAAAGAAUGGUACCUGGUUCUAUACCACACCUCAAUUUACUACAAAAAACGUUGCCCGCAACCAGUACACUCACAAAACGAAGACUUUCUGCUGCAAACAUUGCUGCCAAAAAACAUGUUGCAAAUCAUAUUUCAACAUUAGCAUCAAAAUUACCAGCAAUGUAUGAUGAAAUCAGGCAUGAUUUCAUGGCCAGUCAUGUUCUGGUGUUCCUGGUACAUACGUAGUAUUGUCAAUCAAUUUAAAUUCAGCUUGGCAAAUUUUGCUACAAAUGGUGCCACAGCCAGCCAAAUGUUCCCAUUAUUUUGGAAAGCAGUCUCAAUUUGUGAGCUGAGUUGUAACCUGAGAGUUGUUGGAGCAACUUGUGAUGGAGCAUCACCAAAUCAAGUGAUGAUAACGCAAACCCGAAUGUUGAUGUCACAUACAGAAGUCUGAAUCUCUUUAGUUUUGAGAAGCGUUUUAUAUACUUCAUCUCAGAUCCUCCUCAUUUGAUAAAAACGUCAAUUUGUCUCGCCAAUUCUGGUUCUGGUUGUUGCACUCGAUAUAUGUAGAACACAGACAAGUUCAUCAUAUGAAACCACAUUGCUGAUCUUUUUUACCAAGAUCGUGACUGUGGUUUACAUUUGCUUCCCAAAUUGUCAUACAACCAUAUAUUUCGUCAUUCUCAGUUAUGAACGUCAAGUUGGCUGCACAGGUUUUAAGCUCUACAGUCAGCAAUGUUCUCACUAAUUUUGGUCCACCAGGGGCAGCUGGAACAGCUAAAUUCUGUCAAAUGAUAGAUGGGUUUUUUGACAUAUUGAACAUCAGAAACACAAAAGAUCAUGUAAAAAAACGGAAACCAUAUCUACUUCCUUUCUCGACAGCUAAUGAUGAUUGAUUUAUCUGGUUACGUGAAGUGUUCCUGCAAUAUUUUGAAGACUGGCUCCAGUCAAUUGAGAAUCGCCCAGGAAACUUUACUAAAAAUGCAAAAGUCAGUAUGUUUAUAUCAUGGCAGACAUAUGAGGGCAUUAAGAUCACUGUCAACUCUGCCAUUGAAUUAAUUCAGUUUUUGCUUAAAAACAAUGUGUCGUAUGUGCUGACAGAACGAUUCUGUCAAGACCCACUAGAGAAUUAUUUUGGACGUCAGUGGUCAAUGGGAGCAAGGAAGGACAACCCAACUAUUCGCGAUUUUGGAUUCAAUGAUAACACUAUUAGAAAUCAGACAAUGAUCUGGUUGAAUUCAGUGAUGAACCCCUACUGUGUCCUAAAAAGCAGAAGGCUGGUGAUUAAGUGACAAAAUGACAUUGAAACGGCUAUUUUUAUAGCAGAUUUAUUUUUAAUAUAUUUUGAUAUAUAGUUUCUUUCGUUAAGCCGAGAAUGAUAAGGAAUGAUGA